AUGCCAGCAUGGUCUAAGUUUUUCUGGUUGCUGGCACUAUUAGUGGCCGCAACCAGUUGUACGGUGACCGAAGCAAAGACAUCUAUGCUCAUUCGUCGGAUGAGCGCAAUACUACCAACGAUGGCAACACCUUCAGCUUUGUCUACUGAGAGAGAUUCAGACGAUCACGACGGCUAUGACUCCAACUACCAUCAGUCUUUGUCAUCAAAGGACACCGACCACGAUGAUGAGGUUUCUUCGUCUGAAAGUGACAUCGACUCGGACGGCGACGAUCAUACAUCAUUGUCGUAUACGGAUUCGUUACCAGCAAUAACUUUUCCAGACGACAUCAAGAUUGGAUCGGCUGUCAAUACAAAGGACAAGAUUGUGUCUACCUACCGCAACUGGGUCGGUCCUAGCAUUGGAAAUCCAUCGAACCCGGCAGGUGAUAAAGCGUGCUGGCGCAAAGCUUACAUCAUGGAGGAGUGUCCCUAUGGAUUCGACCACAAGAUGGGAAUGUGCUGGUCUCAAUGCCCAAUGGCUUACCCCGUGGAAUGCGGCUUCGAAUGCAUCAAGCAAAACGAUGACUGCGGAGGCGAAAUCUACGCAAAGUUUGUGAGUGUGGCCAAUGCGUUCAUGUCCGUUCAGAUUAAAGGAGUCUUUGGAGCAUUUUCGGCACUAUCGAGGAAAGUGCGAGUCGGCAUCAAGUGCGCCAGAGCCAUGCUCGGCACGAUGCGUGCUAUUGUCAACUACGUUCGCGCCCUCAAGGUUUCGGAUCCACAAGCGACGCAGGAUAAGAUCCUUUUGGCACUGUACCAGACGAGCUACAUCACAAUAGACCUACCUGUCAGUACUGUCGUAUGCAUGGGAAAACCUUACAAUGACCCCAUCCUUGAUCCUCUCAGUGUGACUAUGGGUACCUGCCAAGUGAUACUGGGCGAGAUCAUGGCUCGGCAGGACAAAAUUUUAAAGUCUUGGGAUCAUUUUAAAGCCUUCCUCCUCCGCUUGAACUACACUUACGCUGUAAACGAUUUAAACGAGACGGAGAUUUCGUCGUUGAAGACUGGUAUGAAGUCUAGUUCUACGUGUGGAUACGAGCUCCAGCGCCUUACUGAUCGAACGUGGCGAACAAUUGCCGAGAUGAAGGAGGCGAACCCCGGAGUUACCGAGGAUAGUCUCCGCGUGACACUGUACAAGUCCGACCUCAUGUUGAAUGACAUCCCUACAGUCACCAAUAACUGCAUGGAGCAGAUGAUUAUGGAAUCGGACGAAGCCACUGCUUACAAGACGCGUGACUUGCUGCGCAAGACGUACGGCGUGAUUGUGAACGACUUGAUCAACAAGGGACACAGUGACAACGGCACGUCAUUGACCGCUAAGCAGUACACUCGAGUUGUAGCUGACAAAGUGUUCAUGAGUAUUGCUACAGUCUUUUACAUCGAUCUUACGCGUAUCUCCGGUCUGAUGUCCGAGUUCAUUGAAGCCAUAUGUGGACCGACAAAUCUCGUCGGCGAGAUUGACGAUGGCACAGACCCCAACACCCUCGGAUUUCGAAUAGUGCAAGAGGCAUUCAAGAACAGCACCAUGUCUUGGCAGCGGAGGGGCGACGGCGUAGUCCGAAUUACCUUCACCAGCGUUGACACGAAGGACGUAACAGUCAACAUCUACUCUGGCGGGGACAAGUUCGAUGAGCAAGACGUCCCGGCAGGUAAAAUCGUGACGUGGACAUCAACCGUGGAAGCACUGGGAGGAAAGACGCUUUACCUCGAUCGAUGGCGACCAGGGUUCCUUGGUCUCCCACGCACUGGUGGUGGCUCGCUGAAGCUUUGGGUGCCUCGAGCUAGUGAAGGUGGCCACUUGCAAGUCAACGCAAAGAUCAAUGAUAGUUAG